AUGGUAUGGGCUCCCUCUGCAGCAAUGGCGUCGGCGUUUGUCCUUCUCAUCCGUUUGCUGUCGGCCGGAACCACGUGCGUUGGCGAUUGCGAUGAAACGUACAACUACUGGGAGCCGCUUCACUACCUUCUCUACGGAUUUGGGUUUCAGACAUGGUGCGCAUAA